UAUAAUUAUGUGACUGUAUUCAAUACAGAAUCGUAUACGGCGGGGGAAACUUGAAAGUUCAAAACAGAGAAACGGCAAAACAGCUGGGCAAAAUGUAGUGUUGGAAACCGAGUCAAAGGAAGCCGUGCUGGAAACCGAGUCAAAGGAAGCCGUGCUGUAAACCGAGUCGAAAGAAACUGCUGGAAAACAUACCUCUCUCACUUUCAUUUCGUGUGCGACAUUUUGAGUCAUUCUGGGAAAUUAAAAUCAAAUUUUCAAUAAUCUGAACGUAAUGGCGCCCCGCAGAAGUGCUCGUACUUUGGCGUCCCCUGCCGCCACGCCCUUGAUCCGACGCGCUGCGUUCCGCCGUGCAGUGGAGGCCAUUCCCGGGCGCGUCAGGAUCACCACCACUGCCAGCCAGCGCCGCAGGACCACCACCACUGCUAGCCGGCGCCGCAGGACCACCACCACUGCCAGCCGGCGCCGUGCAAUCCAGAGCGCUGCCAACCAGCCGCCCGCUGAGGACCCUCCCGUUACCAACCGUCGCGGGAUCAAUAGCCGCGGGACCAAUCGCCGCGGUACCAACCGUCUUCCUGUGCAGGACACCGCACCGAUCGUGACGCUCCUCCAGAAUCCCGACCCACAACGUGGCACCGGUAGCCAUGCCGGCAUUGGAGCUUUGACCGAAUUUGGCACUAAAUUAGGCCUGCGCCGCCUCCGCAUGGAGUUGGCGAAAAUGACGAGCGAUCCGACGGACGGGUGCACGGUGGAGUUAGUGGACGACUGUAUCUACGACUGGAAGGCCGUUAUUCUCGGGCCCUUGGGCACGCCCUACGAGGGCGGCCACUUUGAACUACGCCUUCAAUUUCCGCAGACGUACCCGGCUCGACCACCGUUUUUGAUGUUCCUUACAGAGGUCUACCAUUGCAACGUACUCUACCGCGCUAUCUGCGUGGAUAUUCUGGGCUCGACUUGGUCGCCCGCCCUGACCGUGGAGAAGAUACUUUUGUCCAUCCGGUCGCUGCUGUCGGACCCCAACCCCGAGAACCCCUUGAACGGCGCCGCUGCCGAGCUGUACAAGACGGACCGCGAGGAGUACGACCGCAUGGCACGGCAGUGGACCCUCCGCUUCGCCCAGCCUUGAGAUUCCACAAAGUCUGAAUAAUCCCACACUUUCCGAAUUCUUCGGGCACCAUGAGAACAUACUAACAUAAUAUACAAUUUAUAUUUGACUGAAAUAAAGGCCCAGGCUGUGAGUUGUUUGCCUCAC